AUGAGCGAAGCCAAAAGGACGGUGCUACUGGGGGAGAAAAAAAAUGACGACGGAGCAACCGCCGUCACAAACAAAAAUAUCCUCUUCAAGGAGUGCAAACAUGCAAACGAAUUCAGGGAGACCUUUCUCAACGUCGAAACGGACUACAGCCUGGACAGUGAAAAAGAAAGAAACAACAUCCCCCUGUUGAAGGUGUUUAAAAAAAAGUUAAGGGAAGAGAAGGCUUGCAGUAGAGUGUUGAUCCUCUUCCAAACAUCGAAGGAAGCAAAUACGAGGAAUUGUGUGAAGGAGCAUCUGCUGAAGAUACUAGAGCAAGAUGACAACAAAGCCAUCACUGGUGUGUGUAUCUUUGUGCACGUUCACUCCAUCAUGCUACUAGAAUCUCUGGAAACGAAAAAUGUGUUCUCCUUUAUAAAACAGCUAAAGGGGGUGAAGAAUGUUUCCGGGGUGCAGGUUCUGUAUUUCAGCGAGUUGAACAAAAAGAACGUGACGGAUGACUUCGCCUUCUUUGAGUACACUAAGGAACAGCCCAAGGGCGCGCCCCUCUCCGGAGAACACAACUACGUGGAGGAAGUGUGGGAGCUGUAUAUAAGCACCCUGCAGUUCUGCUGCCUCGUGAAGAACAGCUCCGACCACCAGGGCAUCUUCGACAAAAACGAAAACAUGAAAAAGAACUUCGCCCUGCUGCCCCACUUGUAUAGCGACGCCGCCAGGCAGUACGUCUGGACCGCCGACGGUAAGCAGAUCAGCGUUGAGGGGGGAUGUGCCACAUAG